AUGAAACUGUCAAACGGGAUGGGCAUUAAGAGCUUCCUAGCGGUAGUAACCGCUAGCAGCCUGGCCCUUUUGGUGAUUCAAUACUACAGAACGCGGGAUACAUGGGGAUAUCUUGCGCUCACGUACACCGACUUUUUCGCCUUUGCCUUGGGACUUAUAGGACGUCCAAUCGUUACCCGUUUCUUCACCCCCGAUGAGGACUUCUGGAACACACCCCUAGAGGUGCCCGGGAUCAAGGACUCGGUGCGCAUAGCACACGACAAAAAUGGAUUGCCCUAUUUAAGCGCCUCUAGUCGGCUGGACCUCUGCUUUGGUCAAGGUUACCUGCAUGCUACAGGGGUGACCGAGGCAUUGAAGUCUCUGCCUGCGCGGCCAGUUGAGUUCGUGCUUCUGGGACACACGCCUUCUCUCCCAUUUACCUUGUUGGAUUUGGCCGCUAUCUCCACAAUUUACUCUAUAAUGUUGAACAGAGGGCUGACGAGAGACUUUGUUAGAGUGCACCUCAAAGAGGCGCUGGGCGACAAAUGGAAGGUAAAAGGGCGCAAGCCAGUCAAGUUCCCGUCAGUGGAGCUCAAGGAUACAGAUACGGAAUGGGCACAGAGAGGCCCCUCCACGUUCCCAGAGAUGUCAGAGGGGCCGUCUUCCCUUAGUCCCGAGUUCGGGGGCCCUAUGCACGACAGAGAUCCCAACACGAAGAUUACACCUGAGCGUAUGCAGCAAUUCAAAGAGGAUAUGCAAAGAGCGGAGGACUUCUAUGACCUUAAGCACCCAAGGCCGUGGACUACCGAUAAACAACCAGAACAUACAAGCAACUUCAACCUGAAAAUGGACGGCAGCAACGGCUGGGCAGUUUCUGGCAAACUCACGAAAACGGGAAUGCCCAUCUUGGCUGGAGACCCGCAUGUUGAGGUCAACGCACCAGGCUUUUGGAUGCCCAUGUGGCUCAAAUCGGACGGCAAGGGGGACGGUAUGCCCAUUCGCGCCGUUGGGGCAACGGCUGUGGGGAUUACUGGCAUGUUCGUGGGCCACAACGAGCACGCAGCCUGGACUCAAACAGUGGCGCACACGGAUAUUGAGGACUUAUACUUGAUAGACCUUAAUGAGGAGGGAACUCACUACUUUUACGGGGGCAAGCAGUAUCCUCUCAAGCUCAUCGAACACAACAUUUAUGUCAAGGCAAGCUGGGGUUUUGGGCCACGUGGUCGUCACCAUGGACCCCUGUUCUCCGACGUCGUCCCUCCUCUGCGCAAGGGCAUCAAGAAGAAUCAGGCCCUCGUCUUUGCCUCUGUAGCUCUGCGUGCUCCUCUUCCGGCGCUUUGGGCGGAGAAGAUGCUAUUUGGGAAGAGCUGGAAGGACUACAUUGAAAUGGGGCAGCACGCACAAAUGAACGAAUUCGUCUGCCUCUGGGCAACGAAGGAAGGCGCAAUCGGCGCGUCCGUCACGGGCGCUGUGCCCGUGAGACCGUUCAGCUCUCUUCCGCAGUUCAGGAAUGGCUCUGACCCUGCACAAGACUGGAAGGGUACACUCCCCCAGGAGCAGAUCCCGUUUGUGAUGAACCCUAAGAGCGGAUUUGUUGUCGCCGGAAAUUCUGUACUAGCGAACGACCCAAAGAGGGUCUUCGGCGAGGUUUUUGUCCCAGGGCACCGCGUUCGCCGCGCGCACCAUUUGCUGAAUGAGCUAAAGAAGAAGAAGAAGAUUGAACUCGAGGAUCUUAUCAAAAUGCAGGAGGACCAGUUCAGCGAGCACGGUUGCGAGUUCAGAGAUUUCGUACUCAAGGAAUUCCUUAACCGCUUUGACCUCAAAAAUGACCAAACUGAGGCAACUGCCCUGUGUGCAGAAGAGGGUCUCACACCCUACGUGGCUCGAUUGCUGAAGUCGGCAAUGGAGUCUUGGGACUGUUCGAUGAAUGCUUCAUCAUAUGGGGCUUCAGUUUACGAGGUCUGGCUUCAGAUGAUGUUACAGGAAGUAUUCUCUGCGAACAAUUGGACCGACGAGGCUCUGUUCACAUUAGUCGGGGGCUGGAUGCAUCCCACGUGGUUGCCGCGCACUGAGGCCCUCAACCACUGGCGUGUUAACUUGCUAUCAGCGUUGAAGGACAAGAAUUCGGGUAUCCUCCCUGCCGGUUUUCCAAUGACUCGUUUAUUUUGCAAGUCCUCGUAUGAAACACUAAUGUACCUAGUCGGUCGUCUAGGCCCCGACGUGAAGGACUGGAAUUGGGGAAAACUGAGGAGUCGUUUCAUAGACCAUCCCUUCGUUAAGGAUGUGCCGCUUCUCAGAAAUCUUCUCAGCGUAGGGCCGCUGAAGUGGGGAGGAAACUUCGGCACACUCAAGGCGCACCACUUCGAACCCCACAUUCUCAAGUCCAACGAUCCGCUUAGUGGCAACUUUCAUCGAGGAAUAGACACAACUUCUCUCAGGGUGGUAUUCGACUUGAGCGAUUGGGAGAAUUCUCGCUGGGCCUAUUUCCCUGGUGUCUCAGGAUGGGUCGGCAGCGAACAUUUUGGAGAUACUGCAGAGCUCCUUGAGGACGGAAAAGAGAAACUGUUUCCCAUGCCGUGGGACGAGGACAAGAUUGAGGCUUCGCUGAUCGCUAAGAAGAUUCUACGCCCCAAGCAACACAAACAGCAGCCUCUGGAGCAGAGGCAGCCCGCUCAGCGUCAGCAGCAGCACAAGCAAGAGUUUUAA